GUGGACGGUUCCGGACAAUAUGAAUGGUAGCGUUUAUUGUUCGACGUCCUCGUCCCGGAGCGGCUGUAACUUUGUGACUCCCAACUCCGGGCAAAGUGUUUUCUAAAUUUCUGGAAAUAACAUCUACCCAGAAAGACUGGUCGUCUUAGAGAAAUUCAAUCGACGGUCUAAACUGUUUGUUUGCACCAGGCCCAUCUGAGCAACUGAGGCUGUUCUCAGCCAGGCUGGUGCUGGAGAUGGAGGAUCCGGACACUCCUGAGUUUGGAUCCUUGAAGGAGGAAGUUCACUACUGGAAGGAGCAAGCUGCCAAGCACCAACAGAGUGAAAAUGAGGCCCGCGAGGAGCUGCAGGAGUUCCAGCAAAUGAGUCGUGACUAUGAAGCCGAGUUGGAAGCUGAACUCAAAGCGUACGAAAUGCGCAAUCGCGAGCUGCUAGCUGCUAACAACCGCCUAAGAACGGAUCUGGAAAACUACAAGGAGAAGUACGGCACGCAGCACUCUGAGGCGUGUCGUCAAAUGUCCGUAUUGGAGGACGAGCUAGCAGAGGCCACGUCCAUUCGGGACCACCUGCAAAAGUACAUCAGGGAGUUGGAGCAGGCUAACGACGACCUGGAGAGAGCCAAAAGGGCGACCAUCAUGUCCCUGGAAGACUUUGAGCUGCGGAUGAACCAGGCCAUCGAGAGGAACGCCUUCCUGGAAAGCGAGCUGGACGACAAGGAGAACCUUCUGGAGUCUGUGCAGAGGCUCAAGGACGAGGCCAGAGAUCUGCGGCAAGAACUGGCCGUGCAGCAGAAGCAGCAAACACACGCUAGCACUAACAUCGCCGAGCCUUCACCACCACCGCCAUUGUCGUCAUCAUCAUCAUCGACCACGGCACCCCUCCCCACGCCGCCCCUGACACCUCCAGAUAAACGGACGCAAGACAAAAUGUCCGCCAGGACACCCCGAACGCCUGCCGUUAACAAAGAUGCAAAUGGCGGCGCGGCGGCGAUUCCUCUGACGACUUCGGCCAGGAUUUCGGCGCUCAAUAUCGUCGGCGAGCUGCUCAGGAAAGUUGGGAAUUUGGAAUCCAAGCUGGCGUCCUGCCGCGAGUAUGUCAACGAGCACCCCGCCGGACGCAGACCGCCAAACGCCUCGCCCGCCAACGGACUCGUCAAGAGGUGGAGCUAAACUGUCGAUUUGAAACCAGAUCAAAAUGUCCGUCUGUGCUUGCACUUGAAUACUCACUGAUUUUUUUUGUUAUUGUUUUUUGUUUUGAGUGCGACACUGUUUGUUCUGCUGUAGCAGAACAAGUUUCCAUAAGAAAAGUCAAAUUUUGUUGACGUCAUGUUUCAAAUCGCUUUGUAAAUGAGGAUUAGAGCCACUGAAUGGAAGAACAAUUUACAACUUUCUUUCCCCGACAGAAAAAUUUGAUCAUCUUGUGGCACUAAUGUUGCAAUUUGAUCAUCUUGUGGCGCUAAUGUUACUUCUUCUUUGAACGUUAAAAACUUGAAAAUAUAGCACUUUUUUCCCAGUCCGAUUGCCUACUAACACCGUGUGGCCAUUUGCGGUACUGCACUUUGAACCGCCUCUCGUACAAGCUUGCCGACAAAAUGUUUUCACGGAAGCGUGACUGAAAUGUUGAGCCCCUUUUAAAUGUGUCGCUUUGCUUUACCAGCUGGGCCUUGAUGUAUUUGCAAUAAAGAAUUCUUUGUUUUUUCUACUUUGCUUUCUAAGUUGUCAGUUUUCGAGCGGUUAAAAAAUAAGAGUAAGGAGGCAAGAUGC